CUUACCUGGGUUGGCUUCAAACCACAGUCCUCCUGAUCUCUGCCUCCCGAGUAGCUAGGAUUACAGGUGUCAGCCACUAGCGUGCAGCCAAAGGGUACAUUUCGGAAGGAGAGGGAGAGGUGGAAAGAACAGUGGAGAUAAGAAUAUAAUAUGUAGUUCUCAUAUUUGGUGAUAUUGCAGUCUAGUUGCAGAGACCACAUGUAAACAUAUGGAGCAUAACUAUGGUUAGGAAGCUGUUUUAUGAGAUAAUACCCUUUAAGAAAGAUGACUCUUUGCCAUGAUAAAAUAGAUUGUAAGUGCUGUCAUUCCAGUGUAAGGGUUAAGUGAUACAGGAUGUGAAAUGUCUAAUAUGCUGUCUGACAGUGCAUAGAUGAUAAUUCUUUUCUACUAUCAUUUAUAGAUUGAAAGAUGACUAAAUGAAGAGGAUAGGGAGACUUGAACUAGGUCCUUAAAAUGUUUUGGACAAGUAGAAAAAAGCACUUCGGACAGCACAGAGACAAAAGAUUUUGUUGAUGUUUAAUCUUGCUUGGGUUAAUUGUCUACCUCUGACCCAUCAGUUACGGCCAAGGAUAUGGACGCACAUUUACUGAUUUGACACUGUCUGUAAUCAGGUGGGUAUUUGGAGGGAGGCAGUAGAAGGGACAAGUUUCCAGAAGUUAUUUCUGGGAACACUGUGGAUGAAUAAUGCAAUCAUUCCCUUUUAUGUGCUAUAGUUGUUCAAAGAUUGUAAAUCUACCCUGUUCCUAUCAUUUCCCAAAAUUAAGCCUUUUUUUUGUUUUAUGUAAAUAAUAUUUGCUUAAGUUUGCUACAGUUACCAACUUCUUUUUAUCUUAUGUUCUUUUGGAAUCACUUUCCUUCCUUUUUGAAGUAUAUCUUUUAGAAGUUUCUCACAUAAAGAUUGGUGGUAAUCUUUUUGUUUUGUGAGAUAGGCUGUCACUACGUAGUCCAUGCUGGCCACGAACUCAAAUGCAGCCCAGACUAGCCCUAAAUUUGUGAUUCUCCUGCCUCAGCCUCCCAAGGGCCAGGAUUACAGGAGCUUACAUAAUGAAGACAGCUACAACCACUGAGCAUGGAUUGAAGUGGAUUGAUUUGGCAAUAAAGAAUGCUGAUGGGAGAACCAUUAUCCUAAUUACCAAGUUGUAGAGCUCAUUGCCAUGAUGGAUGAUCAGCAAGCUUUAAACUCAAUCAUGCAAGAUUUGGCUGUCCUUCAUAAGGCCAGUCGACCAGCAUUAUCCUUACAGGAAACCAGAAAAGCCAAGUCUUCGUCACCAAAAAAACAGAAUGAUGUCCGAGUGAAAUUUGAACAUAGAGGAGAAAAAAGAAUUCUUCAGUUCCCCAGACCCCUUAAACUAGAAGAUCUGAGGUCUAAGGCUAAAAUUGCCUUUGGACAGUCUAUGGAUCUCCAUUAUACCAACAAUGAGUUGGUAAUUCCGUUAACUACCCAAGAUGACUUGGACAAAGCAGUGGAACUGCUUGAUCGUAGUAUUCAUAUGAAGAGCCUCAAGAUAUUACUUGUAAUAAACGGAAGUACACAGGCUACUAACUCAGAACCACUGCCGUCACUAGAAGAUUUGGAUAACACAGUAUUUGGAGCAGAGAGGAAAAAGCGGCUUUCUAUAAUAGGUCCCACUAAUAGAGAUAGAAGUUCCCCUCCCCCAGGAUACAUUCCAGAUGAAUUACACCAUGUUGCCCGGAAUGGGUCGUUCACUAGCAUCAACAGUGAAGGAGAGUUCAUUCCAGAGAGCAUGGACCAAAUGCUGGAUCCAUUAUCUUUAAGCAGUCCUGAAAAUUCUGGCUCAGGAAGUUGUCCAUCACUCGAUAGUCCUUUGGAUGGAGAGAGCUAUCCAAAAUCACGAAUGCCUAGGGCACAGAGCUACCCAGAUAAUCAUCAGGAGUUUUCAGACUACGAUAAUCCUAUCUUUGAGAAAUUUGGGAAAGGAGGAACAUAUCCAAGGAGGUACCAUGUUUCAUAUCAUCAUCAAGAGUAUAAUGAUGGUCGUAAAACGUUUCCAAGAGCUAGAAGGACCCAGGGCACCAGUUUCCGGUCUCCUGUGAGUUUCAGUCCUACUGAUCACUCCUUAAGUACUAGUAGUGGGAGCAGCAUCUUUACCCCAGAGUAUGAAGACAGUCGAGUAAGAAGAAGGGGAAGUGACAUAGACAAUCCUACUUUGACUGUAAUGGACAUCAGCCCACCCAGCCGUUCACCUCGAGCUCCAACCAACUGGAGAUUGGGCAAACUGCUUGGCCAAGGAGCCUUUGGCAGGGUCUACCUCUGUUACGAUGUUGAUACAGGAAGAGAAUUGGCUGUGAAGCAAGUUCAAUUUGACCCCGAUAGCCCUGAGACCAGCAAGGAAGUAAAUGCACUUGAGUGCGAAAUUCAGUUGUUGAAAAACUUGUUGCAUGAGCGAAUUGUUCAGUAUUAUGGCUGUCUGAGGGAUCCCCAGGAAAAGACACUUUCUAUCUUUAUGGAAUAUAUGCCAGGGGGUUCAAUUAAGGACCAAUUAAAAGCUUAUGGAGCUCUUACUGAGAAUGUGACUAGAAAAUAUACCCGUCAGAUUUUGGAGGGUGUCCAUUAUUUACAUAGUAACAUGAUUGUUCAUAGAGAUAUCAAAGGUGCAAAUAUCCUUCGAGAUUCAACAGGCAAUGUCAAACUAGGAGAUUUUGGGGCCAGCAAACGGCUUCAGACCAUCUGUCUCUCAGGCACAGGAAUGAAGUCUGUCACAGGCACACCAUACUGGAUGAGCCCUGAAGUCAUCAGUGGAGAAGGUUAUGGCAGAAAAGCAGAUAUCUGGAGUGUAGCAUGUACUGUAGUAGAAAUGCUAACUGAAAAGCCACCUUGGGCUGAAUUUGAAGCAAUGGCUGCCAUCUUUAAGAUUGCCACUCAGCCAACAAACCCAAAGCUGCCACCUCAUGUCUCAGAUUAUACUCGAGACUUCCUCAAAAGGAUUUUUGUAGAGGCCAAACUGAGGCCGUCGGCUGAUGAGCUCCUACGGCACACGUUUGUGCACUAUCACUAGCAGCCGGUAACCGCUCCUGUGCCACCACCCAGCUCACACCUGUUGACUCACCUUCUCUCUGACUGCACUUUCCUUCUAUAAAAAAGAGAGAUGGGGACAAAAAGACAAGAGGGAAAGUAUUUCUCUUGAUUCUUGUUUAAAUUUGUUUAAUAAUAAUAGUAACAUAAAUUUUUUAUAUUUAAUCUUUUUUUUCCCUUACAAGAACUUGAAACUUCCUUUUAUUUUUUUCUUUUUUAAUUUUUAUAAUGUACUGAUGUGGUUCAGAGAGAUAAAGCACUUUAGUACAUAGUCACUCUUUUUAGUACAAACAAAUCAUUUGGAAUACAUAAAGAUUGUAGUGUCUUUCCCUAUAUCACUGACAUAUUGGUGGUGACAGGGAGACAUGGAAGAUAAGGAGAAGAAAAUGAUGUACAAUUUGUAGUUUUUAGUGAUAGUAUUUAAAAUAGAUCCUCAUUUAUAGAGUUGAGCCCUAAACUUGAGUUUAGGGUAGGUACUUAACUUAAAGAAUAUAGGUUCCUCCUUGUAUCUGUAUUCUUUAGAUCCUAACCUCUGUCUACCAAGCUUUUUGCUCAGUAGGAAUCUUGAUAGAAGAUACAGAUCUCUAAGAAGUAUGUUUAUUUUUAAUCCUAAUCAGUAUAAUAUCAACUACACUAUAACAGAUCCAUAUUACUGGAAUCUAUAAACCUUGAGGGCUAGCUUUCUGCUUUAAAAAAAAAAGUAUUUUAUUUAAAAGCAGAUAGGGGAAGUCAGUGAGUAAAUCCAACUAAAAGAUAAAAGAUUGCUCUCAUUAAAUGUAUGAGCAGAAGAGACCACAUUUGCCAAUAAAUAGAAAUUAAGAAAAAAAAAAUCCAAGGGUUGUUUACUGUACUUUAAACUAUGUUCUUUACUUGAGGGGGAAGCACCAAAAUUAAGGGAAUUGAGAAAUAACAAAAAUCAUGCAUACUAUCUUUUUAUUUGUAGCCCCUUCUUUCUCAUAAGUAACAGUCUUCAGGAACUAAGAGUUUAGUCAUGGGUCCCCCAUGUGUUAAAGUCAGUGUCUUGAGAUGAAACCCUUGAUCUUGGGACCUCAGAAUACUAAAGCACCUCAGAAAAACAGACACCAUGUGAUAUAGUGAGAUUGUCAGUGGUGGCUUGGGAAUUUCACUUCACUUGGCAUUUGGCAAUACCUGAAGACACUUUCGCUUGUCAUAGCUAGGAAAAUACUGCUGGUACCUUAGUGGGCAGAGGCCAGGAAGCUGCUUUAUAUCACAAAGGAUGGCACUCCCAAAGAAUUCUCCUGCCUCAAAUGUCAAAAGUGCCUCCGUUGAGAAACCCUGAUACAAAGGCCAGUCCCAGUUGUAAACAGAAAGCAGCCACUUACAAAGCAGUAAAUGCAAAAAAAGCAUAUAUUUGAGAGAGAAAAUAUGUACUGCAAUAUGAAGGUUUCAUAAGAGCAGGCACCACUACUUCAAGUAAGGGGCGAAUAAUUUCAACAAACAGCAAAUAGCAGUCACUCCCUUUCUUGCCAGCUGCAAUUGCACCCACAUCAGUAACUCUUCCAUUUUAGAAACAAGAUGAAUUUGAACACUGAGCCUUUUGAACUCAGCAUCUAUAUCUGUUCUUUCCUUAAAAGUCAGUUCAUAAUUAUGGGCAGAGAAAAGCAUAUGAAAACAAAGUGUUUACUACCAGCAAGAAGGUUAAAUCACUGCCACGUAUUUCCAAUAUGAGGUAUCUACUAAGAGCAAGGACAUUAAAUGGAAAAAGACAGCGGAGGAAGAUCCCGCUAUCUCUAAUGCAUUUGUGCUACUGAAAAAGAUGAGGGCAUUAGUUAUUUGGCUACUUGCAGAUAUUUCAACAUAUUAAAGCCAAGUGCUAAGUACUUUACUUUUAAAGGUCUAGAAGAUAAUAGUUCCAGGAGGCCCUAAACGUGAUGCCUUUCAUGGGAUUCAUAAGGGACUAGGGUUUGAUUUUUUUGCCACAAAGUGUGCUUAUUUAGGGAUUCUUAAAGUACUUUGUUUCUGAAGUUAGGUAGAUCUGGGUAUACCAUAUCAAGGUUCUUCCUACCUGGCAUUCCCUGUAAGAAUAUUUGAAAUUCCACUAACUAGUCUGAAAGUCAAACCAUAAAAUUAGUUAAUGUUUCUCCCAUACUCUGUAAAGAAGAACAAGAAUUUGGUCCCUUCUGCCUUGGUAAAUCUUGUACUAGAAAUAUAAUCUCUUAAGUGUGUGGAUCUAUUAUAAUUUCUUCAUCUUUUAUGAGUGAGGGCUUCUUUUCUACUUGAGCAAGAUCAUGGUGUCUAGACCAGGGGGGUUUUCCUUUUGUUUCUUUGUCUUGUGUGGUUGUGAUUUCCCUUUGACUCAGUUUUGGUCUGUCAGGGUAACCAGCAGUGCAGAAUAUGAGGCAAAUGCUCUUCAGAGAGAAAUUUGGAGAGACUAUGGGAUUCAAAGCAAAAUUGUUCCCUUUUUUCGGUCUUCUCCUCCUUUUCUAAAUGCUGUGGACAACAAAGGCACCUGAAAAGAAACUACUACUUUAACACUGCUGCAGAACACCUUUGCAUUGCUGAAAAUAUUACUAGCUACAGGAAAGUAAUGUUCUUUAUGUCAAGACUUAAAAAUAGACUUAAUAGUUUACAGAGUUAUUAUAUAAAAUGUGAUGUGAAUUUAUUUCAAACAAGUUGUGAAGGUACCAAAAAAAUCACAAUAAAAGUUAAUAUAUAUAAAAUCUUCUAGAACAAAAAAAGCUUGAAGCAGGGGUGGGGGCAUGAAAAGACCAAAAGUAAACUUAAAAAAAGAAACUUUUUGAAAACAAGCACUAUUAUGAGAGGAAGUUAAAUAUUACACUCCAUUUUUUUCUUCUUUCUAAUAACCGUAUGGAUUAACAAAUGAAAUUUGAAUUUUUUAAGAUGACUCUUAAGUGUAUUUUGUUUUUUAAAUGCACAACCAAUUCUUCUAUACUGUAACAUUUCUUUGCUAAGGCUGAAAAAUGGCCAGACUGCUGACUUUGUGCCUUUAAAAUGCAUUCUGCUUUGACAGUAGCAGACUUUUUGGUGCUGGGGGGAGAUUCACUAGCAGUCUUAUAUGUGCUUUUUUAGCAAAUAAUCUUUCUACGUAGGCCUUGAGAGAUUCAAAGAGGCAUGACUUAGGAUUGGACCAAAUAGAAGACCUUUUAUGUUUGUUGCAAAGUGUGUCAAAUAAAAGGAUUGGAAAAUAUUACAAGGAUUAAUGGAAAUUUUCAUGGAUUAGUAAUUCUUUAAAAUGUAUUUAAAUGUAUACAGACUUUGAAAAUUUCAGAAUGAAUAUCUUGAAAAUUUUCUGCACUUUUCCUUCUUUACAAAACAUGUUUCUAACUUAAAAAAUGACUAAGACUAUUGCCUUAGAAAGUUUUAAAAGGCGGUUACCUUUACAUAUUGUGUAUGAGAGACUGAAUAUUAAUGCACAUGCUGAACUAACUAUAAAAGAGAAAUUAAAAUUUUCAUACUAGAAUAAAUUGAAUUGGCUUUCAUUUGAGGGUCUUUAUUCCCAAUAGAAGCUAUGUUAAAAGGGUGAAAGUACUUCUUUAGAAUAGAUUUCUGUGGCUAAGCUCUGACAUAGGUCAGGUCUGAUCUGUACUGUUUGUGAGAUGGAGUUGUUAUAAGAUAUGAGAAAUCACUAAGAAAAUAAAAUCAAAUUGGAACAGUUUGGCAGGACAACCAAGCUAGAGACAGACUCCUUGUCCCAUGGCAGAGUUCUGUGUCAGCGAUUUCAUUUGGGAUCUAGAAACCAAUAGCUUGAUAAAAGAUUUGAUAUGUAAUUAUCAGAAUACAAGUCUAUCCAUUUUCUUUAAAACAGUGUGAAUAGCUUUCAUUUCCUUAUUCAAUAAUUGUUACUUACUAUGUUAGAUGCUAAAUUAAAAUCCUUGAGGAGGUCACAGUCUAGGAGGAAGAUGAGCAGUUAGUUACUUUGUGGCAUACCCUAAGUCAGAGUUCAGCAGUGAUAUUUUAAAAUGUUAUGUUUCCUAAUGAAAUAAGGAGAAAGCAUUUUUGGGUAAUCAUUGACUGUUAUAAACUGAAAAGUCAUUAACAACAGGGAUUAGAAUAAAAGUAUCCCCAAGUUGUAGGGACCCGCACUGCAGGUCAGAUAGCCUCUCUCUCAGGACCCCAUCUUACUACAAAACACAGCCUCUACUCAAAUAGUCCCAAGUAAUAGGGACCUUUUAUCUACAAUACAGUGUUUUUUUCCAGCUACUUCUUUUAAGAGAAAAAAUAUUUUCCUUUGGUUUAAAUUGUGGAAAUAUCUAAAACAUUUGCUAGAAAUAGAACUCUAGAGACCAUAUUGUUUUUAUUGUUUGGCAUUUGUUUUAAAUGUCAUGUUCAUAUUUAUUUGAAUUUUUAAAUU